CUUGCCAGUAAGCCAGUUUCAUGUUCCACUAGUUAGCCACCUCCAUACUGAGACUAGCUAGAGCUACUCGGGAGUUGCUAGUGAUAGUGCGACUGUCACUUUACUCUCCUCUUCGUCUUGCACACUUGAUCCGUUGGACCUACGCUACUUCUACCCGGCACUGCGCACAGGAGCUGCAGUAAUGGCGAGAGGGCCGCUGAACCUUUGGAACCACUGGGCGACCCAGAUCCUGCUUCUCCUGAGCCUCGCGCUCCAGAUCGUCCUCUCCGUCUUUGCCGGGAUCCGUCGGCGUCAAAGCUCCUCCAUGCCGAGGAUACUCCUUUGGCUGGCGUACCUCCUUGCCGACUCCACUGCCAUAUAUGCCAUCGGCCACCUAUCCCUCAGCAGGGCACCAUCCAACCACCACCUUGUCGCAUUCUGGUCGCCUUUCCUCCUGCUGCACCUUGGCGGACCAGACAACAUCACUGCCUAUGCUCUUCAGGACAAUCAGCUCUGGCUCCGGCACCUCCAAACCCUUGUUGUGCAGGUACUCGGAGCGGCCUAUGUCUUGUACAAGCAUAUUGCUGGGAACGGCAACUUCCUCGUGCUUGCUGCCACCUUGAUGUUCACUGUCGGUGCUGUCAAGUACGGGGAGAGGACGUGGGCACUCAAAUGCAGCAAUCUGGACAGCAUCCGGAGCUCCCUCAAGAAGGAACGACCCACCAGGCAUAACCAUUUCCACCCCCAGGAUCAGGCGGGAGAUCACAAAGACGAGGAAUUCGUUCUCCGUCGAGCUCAUUCGCUCUUCCACAUCUGCAAGCGUGCCAUAGUUGAUUCUUCAGUCGACGGGGAUUCAGAAUAUCGAGACACCACAGAAAUGCUUGGGAAAAUUGAUAUGAUCUGGGGUUUGAUGGAGAUGGAGCUCUCGCUCAUGUAUGACAUCUUGUACACCAAGGCGGCUGUGAUCCACACCUGGUUCGGCUACUGCCUUCGGGUCAUCUCGCCCCUUGCCAUCGUCGCCUCCCUUCUGCUUUUUCAGUUCAGCAGCAAAGUUGGGCACAGCAGAGUUGACAUUGCCAUCACCUAUGUGUUGUUGUGCAGUGCUUUGUUCAUGGAGACAACUUCCCUGUUGAAUGCUGUAGGGUCCACCUGGGCAUUUGCAUUCCUAUGUACCACGAGCUGGAGCUGGCUCCGUUACGAAGCCCUAUGCACCGCGAGAUGGGACCGGCUACGGCGUGCGGUUGCAUCUCUUCACCGGCUCAUCAAGGCAACCACUGGAGGAGGUAGCAGCUACAGAUCGGAGAGGUGGACAGGCACCCGCACCUUGGGGCAGUACAACAUGUUGCACUUUUGCACUCGCCGUGACAACAACCUGGCUAGCCCUUUGCUUGGUAGGUUGGCCAAGAUGGUGGGGCUCGGGGAGUGGUGGAACAGGAAGCAUUACUCGGGAUCUAUCGAGAUCUCAGAGCUUGUGAAGGAGCAUACCAUCAAACACAUGGCACGGUUGUACAAGAAGGGGAGGUGGAACGCACUAGGAGUUCUCAGGAAGAAGUGGGGCCAGGAGGCACUGGAGCAAAAUAAAUCGUUCCCAAAACUCGAGGAAUUCCUCGGUGUCGAGUUUCAGGAAGGCAUCAUCAUCUGGCACAUCGCCACCGAUGUUUUCCUCAUCAAGAGCGAGCGAGCAAGGGUGGAGGGUGCAUCAGGUCGUGUGGAGGCCAUCAAGCUGAUGUCCAACUACAUGGUGUUCCUCCUCGUCGAAAGGCCCUACAUGCUACCAGGCCUCGCCCAGAACAGGUUGUACCAACGAACAUGUGAAAAUCUGGUCGAGAUGCGAGCAGCUCCCAACCAUCGAAAGUGGGAUAUUUGGGAAGUUCUCCGCUCUCUGUUCAGCCUGCGUGACGACCCUGAUUCCAAUUCCAAGGCCGUCGAUAUAGAGAAGCUUGCAAAGAUCCUAUACGAUAAGAAUCCAUCCUUCAGCAUUGAUGCUCCCCGUCUCUCUUAUGUCACCCGGCUUGCCAGAAGACUGGUAGAAAAGGAGGCAGAUGGCACGACUGACUCGUUGCAGCUUGUCCUUGAGGUGUGGACAGAUAUCCUGGUCUACGCAGGCAACAAAUGCAGCAGGGAGUCCCAUGCCAAGAAGCUCAACAGUGGCGGUGAGUUCACAACCAUCCUGUGGCUUAUGGCAGAACACCUGUUCCAAGCUUCUCUCGAGGGCCCAUGAAGAGUUAAUGAUGAUUACAGUACAUAUGACCACAUUUGGUUAUACUUUUGGAGCCAUAUCUUGUUCCCAUUCUUGAAUAAAGAGCUCGAUGGAUUUAAUUGACUAGCAACUCUGUUCUUGGGUCAUUGCAGAGUAGUUGGCUAGGUUUGUUUUAGUCCCCAAUUCCUUUGUAGCAUCAUCAUGACCACCACAUGGAAUUCCAAAUUUAGUAUUGAUGUGCUACCAAAC